AUGACCCCGGUGACACUAUACUUUGGCAAUGUCGAUCCCCAGCUAGAUGACAGCCUCAUGUACCAGCUAUUCCUCCAGUUUGCCCCCAUCAAACUGCUACAUAUGCCCAAAGAUCGCAUCCUCCACACCCAUCAAGGGUUUGGCUUCGUGGAGUUCUUCAGUAACGAUGACGCCGAGUACGCGGAGAAAAUCCUCAGAGGCAUUCGAUUAUACGGCCGGCCGUUGAAAUUGAAUCGAUCUGAAAGUGCCAAAGACGUCAUCAUCGGCGCCAAGUUGUUUAUCAACAAUCUCAACCCGUUGGUGGACGAGGAGUUUUUGACGGAGACGUUUUCCAAGUAUGGCGAGUUCGCUAAACCUCCGGAAGUGGUUCGAGAUGAAGACGGUAACCUGAAACGGCACGGAUUCAUCACCUACACCGAUUUUGAUGUGUCUGACCAUGUGCUAAAUACCAUGGAUGGUAAGCUUUUGAUGGGCAAUAAGUUGAAAAUAGAAUACGCCCGCAAAGAAGGGGGUGCCAAUGGCCAGCACCAUGGGGAUGCGGCGGAACGGUUGUUGAUUGAAAGUGGCAAGGCUCACGCCAUAAUCAAGGACAGCUCUAAGUCUCGCAAGCGGAGGCGAGGUUAG